AUGCCCCCAUCUAAACCCUCCUACGGGCUCAACCUCCCGAACAAAAAACCCCCCGGCGCACUCGGCCAAAAGCGCAAGAAAACGAUCUUCGACGACUCGGACUCCGACGGCGAGACAAACCCAAACCAAGACGGCGACAGCGGCGCCAUCGAAAUUGGCUCAAUCGGCGGCCUCGACGAGCAACCAGCACCUACAAAACCCGCACCCUCAGGACUGAAAAUAAAACCCAAGUCCACUACAUCCUCGCAGCUACCGCCGCCGAAACGAAAAGUGCCGUUCAAUGGAGCCAGUGCCAGUGGUGGAAAACUGAACGUGAAGCCCCUUGGCAAAAAGUCGAUAUUUGCGGACGACGACGACGAAGAUGAAGAUGGGGCCACCAACAAUGAAGAACAAUUAGGGAUCGGACCAGGAAGCGGGGGAACGUAUGGCCUGAACACCGCGCCAGAACAGACACAGAGGCAAGAUACAAAGGCCUACACGAAUCUAUCUGCCCUGCAUAGCAGUCGCAAACACGCACAGGAAGCCUCGGAACUCGACCCCUCGAUAUACUCCUACGACGCCGUGUACGAGAGCCUACACGCCAAGCCGGAGAAGAGCAAAGCCGCGGAGCAAGGAUCCGGCGACGUACCGCGGUACAUGACGAGUUUGCUGCGCAGCGCGGAGAUCCGUAAGCGGGAUCAGUUGCGGGCUCGGGAUCGAUUGCUAGCGAAGGAGCGCGAGGCCGAGGGCGACGAGUUCGCAGACAAGGAGAAGUUCGUGACCUCAGCGUAUAAGGCGCAACAGGAGGAGCUGCGGAAGGUGGAAGAGGAGGAGGCGGAGCGGGAGAGACAAGAGGAGGAACGACGGAGGCAGAACGGCGGGUCCGGCAUGAUUGGGUUCUAUCGGGAUGUGUUGUCGCGGGGCGAAGAGCGACACGAGGCGGCUGUGAAGGCGGCGGAGGAGACGGCGCGCAAGGUGCAGGCUGGUGAGGUGCCGGCGGAGUCGGAGAACGACGGCAAGGAGAAGACGGAGGCGCAGGAGGCGGCGGAGCUGAAUGAACGGGGGGCGCGCAUCGCGGUGAACGAAGAGGGCCAGGUGGUCGACAAGCGGCAGUUGCUGUCUGCCGGUCUGAACGUGGCGCCGAAACCGAAGGCGCAGGGUGAGGCGGCCGCGGCGAAGGCGGCUCGUCCGGCGGCUCGACCGAGAUUCGACUCUGGCCAGCAGUCGGGUGGUCGGGCUGGUCAGCGCGCGCGCCAGACGGAGAUGAUCGCUGCACAAUUAGAAGCGCAGGCCCGACAGGAAGAAGAGGCCGAGGCGGCCAAACAGAAGGAGAUCGCCGAGCGCAGCCGCAGCCAGAAGACCACGACCGACGUCUCGAGUGCCAAGGAACGAUACCUGGCGAGAAAGAGAGAAAGAGAGGCGGCCGCCAAAGGAGGUGCAGGUUCAUGA